CCGGGUGCCGUAAGGUAGAAUUCCGUUUAGUACCUAGGCAGACGUGAAUGGUUGUGUGCGUUUAGCAGUGAGCCCUCCUGUUAGGUGCUGUGAGGCAAGCUCAGACAAGCUCCGAAGUUGCGACAUGAAUGCAAUGACCUAUGAUGAUGUGCAUGUGAGCUUCACUCAAGAAGAAUGGGCUUUGUUGGAUCUUUCACAGAAGAGUCUCUACAAAGAUGUCAUGUUAGAGACCUACAAAAACCUCACUGCUAUAGGCUACAAUUGGGAAGACCAUAAUAUUGAAGAACAUUGUCAAGGUUCUAGAAGACAUGGAAGGAAUGAAAGAAGUCGUACUGGAGAGAAACCUUACAAAUGUAAUGAAUGUGAUAAAUCCUUUUCACAACACUGUAGUCUCCGAAUACAUAAAACAACACAUACUGGAGAGAAACCUUAUAAAUGUAAGCAGUGUGGUAAAUCUUUUGCUUCUCAAGGUCAACUUCAAAGGCAUAAAAUAAUUCAUACUGGAGAGAAACCUUAUAAAUGUAAUCAAUGUGGUAAACCCUUUGCAUGUCACAGUAAUCUCCAGAUACAUGAAAGAACACAUACUGGAGAGAAACCUUAUAGAUGUAAUCAAUGUGGUAAAGCCUUUGCAUGUCACAGUAAUCUCCGAAUACAUAAAAGAACACAUACGGGAGAGAAACCUUAUGAAUGUGAGCAAUGUGGUAAAGCCUUUGCCUAUCAAGAUUAUCUUCAAAUACAUAAAAGAACACAUACUGGAGAGAAACCCUAUGAGUGUAAUCAAUGUGAUAAAGCCUUUGCAUGUCACAAUAGUCUCCGAAGACAUAAAAGAACACAUACUGGAGAGAAACCUUACAGAUGUAAUCAAUGUGGUAAAGCCUUUGCAAGUCAUGGAAAUCUCCAAAUACAUAAAAGAACUCAUACUGGAGAGAAACCUUACAAAUGUAAUCAAUGUGGUAAAGCCUUUGCAUAUCAUAGUUAUCUUCAAAUACAUAAAAGAACACAUACUGGAGAGAAACCCUACAAAUGUAACCAAUGUGGUAAAGCCUUUGCAUAUCGUUGUGAACUUCAAAGACAUGAAAGAAUUCAUACUGGAGAGAAACCUUACGAAUGUAAUCAAUGUGGUAAAUCUUUUGCAUAUCACAGUAGUCUCCGAAUACAUAAAAGAACACAUACUGGAGAGAAACCAUAUGAAUGUCAUCCAUGUGGUGAAGCUUUUUCAUAUCUUUAUGAACUUCAAAGACAUGAAAGAAUUCAUACUGGAGAGAAUCCUUACAAAUGUAAUCAAUGUAGUAAAGCCUUUGCAUGUCACGGCAGUCUCCAAAUACAUAAAAGAACGCAUACUGGAGAGAAACCAUAUGAAUGUAAUCAAUGUGGUGAAGCCUUUCCAUAUCUUUAUAAACUUCAAAGACAUGAAAGAGUUCAUACUGGAGAGAAUACUUACAAAUGUAAUCAAUGUGGUAAAGCCUUUGUAUGUCAUAGUAGUCUCCGAAUACAUAGAAGAACACAUAGAGGAGAGAAACCUUAUGAAUGUAAGCAAUGUGGUAAAGCCUUUGCCUAUCAUGGUCGACUUCAAAGUCAUGAAAGAAUUCAUACUGAAGAGGAACUUUACAAAUGUAAUCAAUGUGGUAAAGCCUUUGCAUGUCACAGGAAUCUCCAAAAACAUAAGGAACACAUACUGGAGAGAAACCCUAUGAAUAUGUUUAAAAUAGUGAAGUCUUUGCACACUUUUAUAGCCCUUAUUACCACAAAAGUAUUCAUACUGGAGAGAAACCCUAUGAAUUGAAGCUUCUCUCAUCCAUGUGGUGGGUAAACUGAGGCAGGCAGCCUUUGAGGGUCAUUGUUUAGAACUGCUGAUGGGAGUGGAUCCAGAUACUUACAGAGGCUGCUGUCAAUGGCAGCCAGCAAUUAGAGAAGUUAUUCCACAGACUAUUCUCUGAGGGAACAAAGCUUGAUUUACUGGGGCCAGCACUCCUUCCUGGCCAGCAGAAAAACUAUGAACUCUCUUUUAACUCCUGGCAAGAAAGAAAAGGAAAGAGAAAAUUCACACACACACACACAGUGGAUGAAAGAAAAGACAGUCCAAUAACUUCAUACACACAAAUAUGUAUACAUACAUAUAUAAAUACAUACAGAACUACAGACAGACAUAUACACAUUCACACACAGAAUGGUUAGAGCAAAGCUCAAGCAAGCAGGUGCCAAGCAUUUCAUACACACAUACAUACGCACAAUUGGUGAAUGAGGCAUGUUCCAACACAUAUCCAGACAAGCUUUACAUAUGCACAUACAUACACAUAGUUGAUGGGUAGAAGGAACAAUGUGCCAUCUUCAACUCAUAAACUUUACACAUAUACAUGCAUACAUAGUUGAGGGAUGGAAGGAACAAUGUUCCAACCCUCCACUCUUUAUUUUUUUUCCUCCAUAGCUUAUAUAUCCCAGCAAAAUCUUUCAAGCAGUAUAGAAUUGCAAAAUGAUUACAUUUUAGUUUUCUUCUAGUAAAUGAUUAUGGAUAAACUAUAUUCACCAAUACCUUUACAAGAAAUAAAAUUAUUCUCCCAAACCUAUGUACAUUUAUAACUAAGCAACUUGUUAUAGAUUAACAAAGUAUAAGCAGGUAAGGUAGUUUUCUCGGCCAGUUUCUUUUGCAGGCAGCAUUUUGCAGUUACAAAGAAAGUAAUUAUUUUAUUAUUUAUCUUUAAAAGUAAUCCUGUAAGAAUCUUAAAAGAAUCAUGAAUCUAAUUUUUUUAUAAAAUCAAUCAUAUCUACUUUAAAUCCUCAGAAUGCAUAUCUAUUCAUCAGUAAAUCUUAAAUCAUAUCAGGAAGCUGAGGGCAAAAAAGCCUCAAUGAGAGUCAUAUCAGUCAAUGCUGCCAUUGUUCAUGUUCCUUGACCAUAAAAGGUUCCUAGCUUAAUAAGAGUGUGCCUUUCUGGACUUCAGAUUGUUUCCUAAAAUUUUCUACAUCAGAGUCAGCAGUAAAAACAUCUCAACCUAGCUUCAUUAAUAAUUUUAUUUUUCCAAAUGUUUUCUAAGGGUGGUGACAUUGUUGACAAUCUAUAUCUCUAAGUUCUGCUCUAGGAUAGUGAUUGGAUCAUUAAUCUGCUCCAGCAGCAAUGACUGAAAGAGAUCAAACUAUUAUUGUGAGUGUCAGAAAUACUGUCCAGUAAGUGACUAGAAGCUCCCUUAAGGUUUUCAUAUAAUUCUUAGAUUAAGAGGGGUGUGAGGGCAGCAAGCAGAGCAGAAUUCCAUAAUACCAUGUGGUCAUAGUGUCCAUGCCAUAUCGAGGCUCACCUACGUGGCUCUGGUAAUCAGUGGGUCCUAUUCCACCAGUGAGUUCUAAAGCCAUCUGUCAUUUCUCAUGCAUCGCCCUCAGCAGGGUGGUAGGGAAAGGAACCAACAAAGUAGCCAGAUGCUGGCUACACAAGUGUCAGCAAUCUAUUCAUAUAUUAUGAUUAUCCUCUCUAUUUUGUUUGUACUUGCAGACUCAUGGACAAAUGUCCUAUGAAUUUAAACAAUAAGGUAACCCUUUUAGAUCUCAGAAUCUCUUCAAUUUCAUGAAAUAACUCAUCCAUGUGUAAAACUUUAUGAGUGUGUAUCAGUGCCUUUUCUGUUGCUGUAAUAAAGCAUUGCAUAAUGUCUAAUGCAACUAAUAAAA